CGGCUCUCGCGAGGCCUCCUCGGUCUCGCGAGCUCUGGGUUGAGCCCGCCGCUGCCUAGGCUACGGUUCUCCUCAGGUAGCCGCUUUUGCGGUCGGGCUACGGAGGCCGGGUGGCCGGGAAGGCGUUUAAGAAGCUCUUGGAGUAAUAUGAGUCAGAGUAAUGUAGGAUCUGCAGGAAGUCCCUCAAGAGUGUUGGAAAAAGAAGAAUUUAUAGACUCUUCAUCAAGAUCUUCAUUUUCGCAGCAGUUAAAUCCAAGGCUACAGUUGUGGUGAAACCAUGAAUAAAAAUACAUUUUCUGUAGUAUCAUCCAGUCUACUUGAAAAGGAUCCUGCCUUUCAGAUGAUUACAGUUACCAAGAAAACAGGCCUUGGUCUGAAGAUCCUAGGAGGAAUUAACCGGAAUGACGGUCCAUUGGUAUAUAUUCAGGAAAUCAUUCCUGGAGGAGACUGUUAUAAGGAUGGACGUUUGAAACCAGGAGAUCAACUUGUCUCAAUAAACAAGGAGUCUAUGAUUGGUGUAUCAUUUGAAGAAGCAAAAAGCAUAAUUACCAGAGCCAAGUUGAGGUCAGAAUCUGCUUGGGAGAUAGCAUUCAUAAGACAGAAAUCUGACAGCAGCCAUUUAGAAAAUCCAUCUUGUUCAUCCCAUUUACAAGCUACAGGAGAAUAUGGACCUCAAGCCUCAAAAUUUAGCCUUAUUUCUUCUCCUCCUGAAAUACUAAUUCCAAAGACCUCAUCUACUCCCAAAUCUACAGAUGCCAUUUUACCUUCUUUUAGGAGGAAUCAGAUAAAAACUGGAUACAAGAAAACAGAACAGAUUCCAGUUAGUUCUUCAGACAACAGCCCUACAGAUAUGUCUAAUACAGAUAUUGCCCCUGCUUGGACUGAUAACUAUGGGCCACAAGGAAAGAAGAUUUCCCUAAGUCCAUCUGUUCGCGUUAAGGUAGAGAAACUGGAAAUGGCUCUAAAUUAUCUUGGAAUUCAGCCCACAAAAGAGCAACACCAAGCCCUGAGACAGCAAGCACAAGUAGACCCAAAGGGGACAGUGUCUUUUGGAGAUUUUGUCCACGUUGCCAAAAACUUGUUUUGCUUGCAAUUGGAUGAAGCCAAUGUCGAUGCACAUGAAAUUACCAGCAUAUUAAAUUCACAGAUUUCUCAGGAGACAGGUGAUUCCUUAGAAACAGAUGAAAUGGAAAAGCUUAAGCGUGAAAGAAAUGACGCCUUGGAAGAAGUGAAUGCACUUAAGGAAAAAUUAUUUGAAUCGGAAAGGCAGAGGAAGCAAUUGACAGAAGAACUCCAGAAUGUGAAACAAGAAACCAAAGCUGUGGUCGAAGAAACAAGAGCCCUGCGAAGUCGGCUUCAUCUUGCCGAAGCUGCACAGAGACAGGCCCACGGAAUGGAAAUGGAUUAUGAGGAAGUGAUCCGUCUGCUAGAGGCUGAGAUUACAGAGCUGAAGGCUCAGCUUGCUGAUUAUUCUGACCAAAAUAAAGAAAGUGUUCAGGAGUUAAGAAAGAGGAUCACAGUACUGGACUGCCAAUUGCGAAAAUCAGAAAUGGCUCGGAAAACUUUCGAGGCAUCCACUGAAAAGCUUCUCCAUUUUGUAGAGGCUAUUCAAGAUGUAUUUUCUGAUAAUUCUGCACCUUUGUCAAAUUUAAGUGAAAGAAGAGCUCUGUUAGCUUCCCAGACGUCCCUCACGCCAUUGGGAAAGAAUGGACACAACAUCCCGGCAACACUGGCACUUGAGUCUAAGGAACUUGUUAAAUCUGUCCGUGCCAUACUUGAUAUGGAUUGUCUACCUUACGGGUGGGAGGAAGCUUACACAGCAGAUGGAAUCAAGUACUUCAUCAAUGGAAAAGAGAGGUCGAAGGAAAGAGUCAAAGGAAAGAUGACAACGGAAGAAGAUCAGAGAUAUAUUGCGUGGCUGACUUUGAAGAUGGAGGCUGAAAGUCAUGGAAUGUGGGUGGCCUUUAAAAGCUGGAAAGGAAAGGAGAUGGAUUCUGUCCUAAAGCCUCCAGAAAGAAAUUUAGCCUUGCCAACACCUUGACUUGAGCAUGUCACGUAACACAGACUACAUCCUGGAUGCACCCCGUGAUGAGCGCACUGAACUUGUCCUGCUCAGAGGAGAAUGAAGAGGAUUGUUCCAGAGAGCCUCCCGACCAGAGGAACUGAUGAGUUUCUGUGGGAAGCUGCGCUCCAUGGUCUUCCAGCGUCUCCAUCUACGCAGAUAACGCUGAGACACAACAUCUAAACGAGGAGUAAAACAUACACUAGUUAGUGAAGUUGUGAAAUGGAGACUCUAGAUUUAAGCUCUUUUUGUAAAACUUUUGGAUAUAACUGUAUACGUUUGCAAAAUUGAUUGCCGCUAUAGUAGUUCUUUAAGAAUAAUCUAGUCCUAUUUUUUAAUCAUAUGUAAUUAGAUUUUAUAAUAUGUAUAAUUUUUCAUAUGUAAUUAGAUCUUUGUCAUUUUAUAUUUAGUCCUUUAUGGAAUAUCAGACAGUGGUUUUUAUAAUUAAGACUCUGAAAAAUUAUGGGAACAUAGUGAAACACUUCAUUUAUUUGAUAAUUCACUAAUCUUUUAUAUGCAUGUCAUAGGAAGUGAUUUAAGCAAGCUUUGGGGAGUUCUUAUAGAUCACAUUUAGACGACUAUCUCACAGGCCACUGGAUACAGCUUUUAUCUUGAUGAUGCUUUCUAAUUUACAAAAUGCCUUUCAGACCCUGUUUUAUGUAAAGCAUGCAACUUGCCUGUAAGGCAGCUCCAGUGGGUAUUUUAUAGUUAGGAAAAUAGCGGUUUAGAGAAAUGAAGCCCCUGUCCUGGAGCUGAGGUUCACACCUUUGUCUUCCAGUUCCACACCCAGGCCCCUUUGCCCCACAUUCCACUGUCCCUGCAGAGGCAGGUCGCCCGACACGCGGGUCCCGGGGCUCUGUUGAUACAGCUGAGCUUCACCGCUGUGCACCCCAGGAGCCACAGAGACUUAGGGGGCAUGUCUGCAUUAAACAUGGCUCCCACCCGGUCCAUACUGCUUUAUAGGCCCUUCCCCCACACGCUCAGCUAGCAGAGGCAGGGCUUUGAGAUGUUGUUGCAAACGGGCUUCUUUUCAACAGCUCACAUUUUUCUUAAGUAAAGUGGCUGGCUCCCAUCAGGGAUUUGCCUAGCCUGGGUUAUGCUGGCCAGAGAGAGGGUGUAAGAGGGGCCAAUGAACAGAGAAUAGAGGGGCAUCCAGAAUCUGUGUCGAAAGAGACAUCCAUCAGCCUCCAGACCGAUUAUGCUUCUGAUCUCAUUUCAUUUUAUAGUAAGGAGAGUUUCUGGAAGGAAUGAGCCAUUGACUUGCAGUGCUAAAGAUUUUCUCUCCGUUUAAUGAUUUAAACCUGGAGCUGGGAAAUGAGGGUGGGAGAAGAAAUGGAGUUGGGAGGAAGUCAUUUUAAAUGCUCUGGGCAUUAAGUACCAACUGAAUAAUAAAAGGGACUUAUCCUUACCCAACAUUGUUAAUAUUGUUAGGUAAUACACUUAGGAGGAAAGUCAGCAAGAAUCAUUAAACAUCUUUUGGUGAAAAAGACUCAUUUUUCAAAUGAGUUCUUAUGUAGAAUCUCAAUACUUGUAAUGGAUUUUUUUUUUUUAAUAUUACUAUCUUACUUAAAAGAUGGAGGCUUGGAGCUCAAUUAAAACAGCAAACCUAAAACUCCUUAGGAUAUAUACUGUCAGAACUAUCGAUUGUAACCGUUUUGUAGAUGAGUAAGUUGAGAUCCUAAGAGUUCACACAGUAAGGUCAAACUUAGACCUAAACCCUGAGUCUCCUAGUCUGCUAUCCUUCGUGUGGUAUGUUGUAUAGACCUAUGCUAUAAAUACAUGUGUACAUUAUAUUCACACAUUCCUGAAUAUAUGUAGGGCUUAUAAUUCUGUCUUGAAUGAUAACAUAAGUCAAAUCCAGGAUGAUGUGUAGUCAUUAGCCCUGAGAAAAGUUUUAGAAUGGCUGCAGAAGACCUGGGUUUCCCCUGACAGCUCUUUGAAUAUCGGAAAGCUGCAGGGAGACACGUUUUGAGAGAAGGCCCUGAGGGAGCUCUUUCCUUAUGUCCCCUAGAGAUGAGUGAGGUCCUCAAAUACCCCAAGUUACUUUUAUAUGUUAGUAUCUAUAAUUGUGAAAGUACAGAGUAUUUGUUGUUGCCGAAUUAAUGAUACGAAAUGCCCCUCCCCUUCCUGGGAGUGUUUUUCUAAUUAGUUUCUGGUGAGGAAAACGCAGGAGACACUCGAAUCACUUGGCAUCAAGGUUCUCAGGGCACAUUUCACUGGCAGAGGCCUCAUACGUUGACUGUUCUGUUUGGUGGCACUUUCCUCACUGACUCCUAAUUGAACACCUAAUGGAAAAGGCCUAUAAAGAUUGUAAUAUGAGGGACUUCCCUGGUGGUCCAGUGGUUAAGACUCAGCUCCCACUGCAGAGGGCACAGGUUUGAUUCUUGGUGAGGGAACUAGGAUCCCACACAGGACACAGCCAAAAAAUAAGUAAUAUCUAAAAAUAAAUUUUAAAAAAUAAAAUUUAAUAUUACUUAUUGAGCAUAUUGUGCCAUACAUUUGUGAUGGAAAUUUGCAUAUAUUAUUUCAUUAUCUUCUUAAAUCAGCCCCAUGAGGUAGAAACUAUGAUCAUCCCUGUUUUGUAAAGAAGUUUACAAUUAGAAUUGCUAGUCUUUGUGUCAGGGUCCACACAGCACCUAAGAGUGGAAGCUGGGUCUCAAGGCAGGUUUCCCAGGGCCUGUUCUGGUAAACCACUGCAGCCCCACUUAGAACCAUUGUAUGUGACCCUGGAGGGCAGAGCUGGGAUCCACGGGUCAGUUUUACAAAGAAACAGAUUCCAGCUCAGUUUGAUAAGGAGCUUUCUGGUAGUUAAAAUGCAUCAGGACAGAAUUCCCCAGGAGAAAAUGGGAGCUGUAUCCCAGGAGAGUUCCAUCAGUCUGAACUCCUUAUUAUGAGACUGUUGCUGAGGAGGUUCAGGGUUCUCUGCCUGGACCACCUGAGCACUGCCUGAGAGUUCUGCCUCCGUAUGCCCCUGUGACCUCUAAACCAGCAGAUAAAUGCCCCAAGAGAUGCUCAAAGAAACAUAUGGCAGGGACUCAUUAAGAAUCCUUAUUCAACAUAGGUGGAACUCCCCAGUUAAUUUGGAGUGAGUUGACAUUUAUAUAGUCCAUCUUUCAAAUUCUUCUCUUUUGACUGACUGACUCUGAUUUUAGGAUUAAAAAAGCUGUGUUCUUAUGUGCUUCCAUCUCACUUUACUAAAGAGUGACCUGGCUUAUUGACAGAGCCACCCCAACAACAUGCCAAGCAUGGUACUAGGCACUGUGGUGCAGUAGGGCAGUGGCCAGCCGCUUCCUGGGGUCCACUUACUGCUCUUCAAAAAGUGGAAAGCAUCUCAGGUAGUCAGAAUUGCAUAGCUUUUCUUUAAUUUUUAUUUUUAAAAUAAUCCAUUUCCAUUUAAACAAAUCAAGUAGUAUGGAAUUGAAUGAAGUUAAAAAAACAGCCCAUCUCACUUUCCCGAGGUAGCCAUUACUGAUACUUCAAUGGGUAUUUUUACUGAAAGGAAGUCAUACUGUUAAGUAUCUUUGAAUUAAUAUAUUAUGGUAGUUAUUUUCAUGGUGAUACACAGAUUAAUGUUAUAUUUCAAAGGGCUCUAUAAAAUAUCACUACUCAGAUAACUCCUAAUUUCUGUAGCCAACAAUCUAUUGAUGAACUCUUAGGUUAAUUUAAGUUGUAUUCUGAUACUGUACUGAUCUAGAUAAUAUAAUUGAUCUUAAUUUUAUCAUUUCAAGACAUUAGAGACAUCAGAGUUUAUUAAAAGGUCAUAUGUACUAUAAAAUACAAUUACUCUGUCCAGGAACCACCCAGGCACCCCCUCCCAUUCCUCUGAGCCAGAUUAAAAGUUUCCUUCAUGCUCCAUUUUUAAAAAUUUUUUAAUUUUAUUGAAGUAUGUAGUUGAUUUUCCUUUGUGAUCCUUAUUGUCCUUGUGUUUGAUUUUAUGCUGGUGUUUAUCAUGUUGUACAGGAUUGAUUUAUUGUUCUCUUUUGAUAGUUUGUGAGUUCUUGGGGGCGGGGCACUGUUUUUUAUUGUCCUUGAAAUUUAUGCACAUGUUACAUACUCCUUGAUUCUUUUUUUCUCCAGUUUUAUUGAAAUCUAAUUGACAUACAGUACAUAUAAGUGUUUUUAAAAAGUCUUCAGUUACUAACAAUGCCCCAGUGAACAUUCUCAUAUUCAUUAAAUCCUUUUCCUCAUAUAUCUGUGCACUCUUGUGCCAGUAUGUCUAUAGUGAGAAUACAUUCAUAAAAGCAAAUCACAGACUUCCCUGCUGGUCCAGUGGUUAGGAAUCUGCCAAUGCAGGGGACACAAGUUCAAUCCCAGGUCCGAGAAGAUUCCACAUGCCUCAGGGCCACUAAGCCCACACACUGCCUUUAUUGAGCCUGUGCUCCCCAGCAAGAGAAACCACCACACUGAGAAGCCCCACACUGCAACUUGCUGCAACUAGAGAGACCGUGGGCAGCAACAAAGACCCAGCACAGCUGAAAAUUAAAACUAAUUAAUUUUUAAAAGUAAAUCACUACAUCAAAAUCGUGUUCAUUUUAAUUUUGAUAUAUAAUCACAAAUUUUCCUGCGUAAAAAUAGGACCAAAUUACACUGCCAGCAAUAACGUGUGAGACCUUUUCUUCUAUGUGUUAAAGGACAUUUUUUUUAGUCCAAAGAUUGCCAAUAACAUUUCUGAUUGUUUUUGUCCUUAGAAGAGUUAUCUUCUUUCUGUCCUUGUAUAACGACCUCCAUCAUCGGGUUUUAGCUGUCCCUUGGCAGCAGAGGCUGACUCGCUCUAUGUGGGGGAGUCUAGCAGUGACCAAUUCACUGUUGGUUAAGCACAUCAUUACUGUCAUCUUUUUACUUGCAAGUAUUGGCCUUUCCUACUUUAUAUAUAGUGAUGGUGAGGACCAACUUUUAAACGAGCUAACUUGGGUGAGAGGCCUUGGUAAAGUGCAAAGCACGAUGCAAACACACUUUGAGCCCUGGUUUUCCCUGUCUGUGAGGAGACGGUCAUCCUCUGACGGUCCGGAAACCAUUCAACUUAGCAGCCACUUCCUGAGCGCCUGCUGGACGCCAGACAAGACUCAAGGGCUUGAAGACCCCACACUGGAUAGUUCCGACUCCCAAAUCAAGAAACUCAGUCUGAAACCUUUUCCCUUUCCUUCCUUUUUUCUCAGAAACAUUUUAUUUUUCCUUAAAGGAGUAAGAAGUUAGGGAUCUGGUUAGUAAGAACCCCUGAAGAGAGGCCCUUUAUCACUCUCUUAAAUUUGAAUAAUUUCAAAAUAGUAUUAACACCCCUUGACUAGAAAUGAACAUACCGUAUGAAGGGCCUCUCCAAUAAUAAAUGCUAAGCAGCUGUAAAAAUAAGGAGUCAAAUGAUACUUUCAUAAAGUGUUUGCAAAAUUAGAAAAUAUUAUCCUUUUUCUGGGGUAAAUGGACGUUUUAUUUUUUCUGCUAAGUAAAAUACAACUCUUUCAAAAGUCAACAAACUUGAAUUUUACAAUACACAGAACAAAAAGAACUAAACUAACACAAAAACAACUUACAUAGCAUGUAAAUGUUGAGAGGAUGAAAAGAACUUUAAAUAGAAAAUUAACUUUAGAAAUAAAAUCCCAAGAUGUUUUAACCACAGCUAACCACAUAUAAUAUCAUUGGACCUGUGUGAUGAUUAUGUAAAUAUCAUAAUAUUAUGUAAAUGCAAUUCUGUAUUUGCUUUCUUCAUAUGCCUUCUUACAUUUAACUAAUACUACUUUUGUUAAGUUUGUUUGAAUUUCACUCUCAGGGUACAGGGGUGGUCUGAGGGACAGUGCAAUCAGAUUAAUAGCUCUGACCCCUCCUCAUUCCUGUUCCCCCAUCACCAAAAUAUUCUCUGUCAUUUUACCCUAUUUAUUUCUUUUACAUUAUUUAUCAAUUUGUAAUGAUAUAUUUGUUUAUUGUCUUUCUUAAUAAAGAGAAUAAGAAUGAGA